AUGAAAUUGAAAUUGCUGCUUACAUUCGGAGCUUCAUGUACAAUACCGGGGAUCUGCAGCUCUCACACAUUCUCUCAGUCCGAGUCUAAAAUGGCCACAGCGGUCCAGAACCCUCCCAAAUCGCAGUCGAGUGGAACAGUCAUAAAGAACAGCCUGGGUGAGGAGUUUUAUCGUGAGGCGAUUGAACAUUGCCGAAGCUACAAUGCUCGCCUGUGUGCCGAGCGCUCCAUGCGUCUGCCCUUCCUGGACUCCCAGACUGGUGUGGCACAGAGCAACUGCUACAUAUGGAUGGAGAAGAACCACAGAGGCCCGGGUGUGUCUCCGGGGCAGCUGUACACUUACCCAGCUCGCUGCUGGCGUAAGAAAAAACGGUUAAACAUCCUGGACGACCCACGUCUGGGACCCAUCGAGUUUAAGAUCGACUACGAGUCUGCCCUGAAGAAGGAGGGAGGUGUUCCUGAGGGUCCGGUCCUUGAGUCUCUUCUCAGUGGAGAGCCUUUAGAUAAGAAAGUGGAGACGAAGGAGGAGGAGGCCAUGAGCGAGUGCCAGAAACUGCUGGUGGGAGACUUUCCUCAUGAGCUGGACAUGGAAGAAAUGGAGGAGGACGUGCCUAAGCGCAAGAACCGCACCAAAGGACGGGCCUGCGGUGUCGGAGGAAUGAGGAAGAGACAGGAACCAGCCUCCAUAGAGGACAGAGACAAGCCAUAUGUUUGUGACAUCUGCGGUAAGCGCUACAAGAACCGCCCGGGUUUGAGUUACCACUACACUCACACACACCUGGCAGAUGAAGAGGGCGAAGAAGACUCAGAACGCCACACUCUACCCUUUCAACGCAAGAACAACCACAAGCCCAAAAAAGCAGCAGAUGGCUCGGUCAUCCCCAAUGGCUACUGUGAUUUCUGUCUUGGAGGCUCGAAGAAGACGGGAUGCCCAGAGGAUCUUAUCUCCUGUGCAGACUGCGGACGAUCAGGCCACCCGUCGUGCCUGCAGUUCACAGUCAACAUGACAGCAGCAGUGAGGACGUACCGCUGGCAGUGCAUCGAGUGCAAGUCAUGCAGCCUGUGUGGCACCUCCGAGAAUGACGAUCAGCUUUUAUUCUGUGAUGAUUGCGAUCGAGGAUAUCACAUGUACUGUCUCAGUCCACCGAUGGCAGAACCUCCAGAGGGGAGCUGGAGUUGUCACCUGUGUCUGCGACAACUGAAGGAAAAGGCCUCUGCUUACAUCAUGCUGAAUUAA